UUCCGGCUGCCUUCAGUGGCCUCAGUUGUUGUGCCGCCGUGAAGGAGGACGGUAGCCGUGCGCGCAUACGGAGCACAUUGGUGCCGCUGGCAUUUAGUUAGAUCCAAGUGAUAGUUUUCCCCAGAUCUGCCCGACUUCCCAGACUCACCCGUUUACUCAAAUUCAAUAGUUUCGAAAAAUCGCUUUCGAGUGCUCUUUUUUUUUGUCUGUGCUUUCUGCUUCUCUCGCCGCCUGCUGAGAGAUCUGAGCGAUCUGAGUGCUGCGUCCAUGGCUGGCGUUUGGAAUUGUGAAGGUCAGCGCGUCGUCGCGAUCGGAAUCGGAAUUGGAAUCGCAUUCGGACUCCCAUUUCAGUGUGUGUCGUAAUCCGGCCAAGAGAUCGUGUUUGGCAGCCGUUAAGAAAAAGAUACGAAAUCUGUUUGCCCAAGACUUGGUGUAAGUGAUACGGGAUAUCUACGCAACCGGUCAGUCAUGCACUGCCCAUGCCUCCACUAGCUGCAGUGCAGCAGCGCCGGAAUGUUGGCCGCUGGCGCCAGUGAGACCACUGACUUUGGGCCACACUCGCGACAGCAAUCGGCGGGCACGUCCACGUCCAAGCGAACCCACAAAGCCAGCAGCCACCGUCCUGGUCCAGGUCCUGCUCCUUGUCCUGGUCCUGGUCCUGGCCCAAUGACCACUGGUGGCAACAGCGCAGCCAGCGGUAACGGAAACAGCAGCAGUGGCGCUCUAAGCGCCCUUCCCUCGACGAAGGCAGGCGUUAUGUCCGCCACCACGGUGACAGCGACGACGGGGAAGGCGACGGUCAGUCAUGGACAUGGUCAUGGGCAUGGUCAUGGUCACGGCCACACGAGAGGCGGCCGAAGUGCGGCAGCUGGACGCUCCAACGUGGACGGAUUCGUUGGCGGCAUCGAGACGUAUUUGGGCCUCAUCGGUUGGCGGAAAAAGUGCCUGUAUACGCUGCUGCUGCUUCUGAUGCUGCUCAUCAUCACUAACCUGGUGCUCACCCUCUGGAUACUCAAGGUGAUGGAGUUCUCAACGGAGGGCAUGGGGCAGCUGAAAAUCGUACCCGGUGGCAUACAGCUGUCCGGACAAGCGAUAAUUAUGGACAUGCUGCGCGCAUCCACAAUACGUUCGCGGCACGGCCAACCCAUCUCCAUAGAGUCAUCACGUAACUUUUCAAUCAAUACACGUGAUCCGAAUGGCAUGAUUGAGAAUCAUUUAUUCCUGGGACACGACAAGUUCGAGUGCCUGUCGUCGGGAUUCCGCAUAAACGACACCAACGGACGCAGCCUGUUCUCCGUGAACCGCGAUGAAGUCACCAUCGGAGCACAUGCCCUGCGGAUCGACGGCGAAGGUGGCGCCGUCUUCCGGGAGUCCGUGCAGACGCCCCACGUGCGCGCCGAGCCCGGCCGGGAGCUGAGACUCGAAUCGCCAACACGCCAAUUGGAGAUGACGGCGGCCAAGGACAUCAAUUUGCAGUCACGCGCAGGAGGCAUAGAAGUCGUGGCCCUGGAAGACGUCAAGUUCCGAGCCCUCGAUGGGAGCCUGCGCCUGGAGUCCUCCAAGAUACUCAUGCCCAACCUGCGGACGGCACAGCCGCCCAUUCUGGGCACUGCCCAAAGCAGGGAUCACAUGCAUCGCGUCUUCCAGCUCUGCGCCUGCUCCAAUGGAAAGCUCUUCCUGGCGGCACCCCACUCCAUAUGUGCCGGCGAUGAUUCCACUGUCUGCAGAUGAUUGCACGACUCGGCGCGCUGGCAGUCCACACCCACAUCCGCAUCCGCAUCGUCCACAUCCAAUAGAUCCCGGUUAAGGUCCAGCUCCGAAACGGACACGGAUGCGGAUACGGACACUGAUUAGGGAGCUGGGUCUCCGGAGUUUUGACAGACCGGUAUGCAAGUAUGCAAGUAUGCAAGUAUGCGAUUCAUGGCGGAACGCGGAGCAGAUCACAGCCAUAGCCACACCCAUACGCACACGUUCAUGUUGACUUACUCAUAUGCUAACUGGAAGAUAGGAUGGUGUAUACCCAACUAGUGCAAAUCACGUACACCCAUACACACAUACAUACGAGUAUAUGAUUACCCCACACACUGUCGAGGGAAUUGUACCCAAACUCGAAGGACAAAAUCAAGAGCUUCUUAGACACUUGGAUGUUGUGUACCAGUAUAACCGCAAUUCGGCAAUUCGGCUAUACAUAUAGGCAUAGUACCAUUAGACCUAUAAAAUAUCACCAGUAAUGGAGUAAUUAAAUAGACAGAUAUGAUGUCAUAGUCAAGCGUAGGAUGCCGUCACAGUCGAAUCCCACAUCAGUAUUGGCGUUAAGUCUAAACCCCUCAGAUUGAAUCAGAUUGAAUGAAACUCGGUUAAAGUUUAGUUUUAGCAGAAAUCACACCACACACACACACAGCUCGCCUUAAAAACAAAGAAUGUAUUUCUACUAGUUUUCGAUUAUGAAUAUACGCUAAUGUUUACCAUGAACUCAAACGAUUAUUCUUUAUAAGUAACUGAGUAUCAUCUGAUCCGUUUCCACAAAGCAGUCCAGAGAUAUUGUACAUAAGACUGUCGAACUCAAAGAACUGCAAAACUGCAGCAUAGCAGCAUCCAUCACGAAUACAGAUACAAAUACAAACUGAAUAGGACCUACUCAUAACCGUAUUCAUGUAGAUAUUCUCGCGGACACUAAUGAAAUUUAGAAAAUGUUUAUACGAUAACUACAUACUACGAUCAGAAUAUCCAAAACCCGAAGCAAACACAAUACGAAGACAAUGAAUAAAUAUCAUCCAAUAAGUCGCAAGAGCUAUUUAUACCUAUACCUAAAUAUACCUAUACCUAGAUACAGAUACAGAUAUUAACUGAGAUUCGAGUAUGAGUAUGAGUAUCAAUAUGAAUACAGAAAUAAAUAUGGGUAACUGAGUUUCGAUAUGGCUAUGGAUAUAAAUAUGAAUAUAAAUAUGAAUAUAAAUAUGAUAAAUAUGAUUAUAAAUAUGAAUAUAAAUAGAGUUGAAUAUGAAAUUGCCGUUGAAUUUGUCAAGUGCGGGAGCACUGAUAUAUAGAUAUAUAUAAAUAAAUGAAUGUAUAUGUAUAUGUAUCAGUAUGUAUGUACACCCAAUGCAAAUGCUUUUAAAUGGACAUUAAGUAUAAUUUGUUGUUGGUUUUUUUUUUAGCACGAUUAGGAAACAUAAAAACGUAAUAUAGGGAAAAUACAGAAUCAUAUAUCUACAUACUACAUAUAUUGUAAUACAGCAAAUACAGCAUACUUACAACAAAUACAUGCGUCAAGAACAACAAA